AGGAGACGUCCCUUUAAGGGGCCGGCCAUGCGCAGGCCGUCCCCUGAACGAGCAGGUAGCGAGCGAGCGACAGGAGCCGAGCUGCGGCUUCCGCAGUUUUGCACGGGAAGGCAGAGAGAGAGGAGCGCCGCGUAAAAGCGCAGCAGGCAGCGCCACCCGCGAGCGAACGUCCCAAGCAGCCGAAAAGAGGAGCCCGGAGCCGCAGGAGCAGCAUCAGCGCAAGGCCUCGGCCAUCUGCCCGCCCCGGCGAUGGGGAAGAUCCAGCUUUUUGAAAUCCGCCUGGGCGAGAGCCGCGUCGUCUACAGCCCCGGCGAGCCGCUGGCUGGCACCGUCACCGUCCGCCUCGCUGGAGCGCUCCAGUUUCGCGCUAUCAAGGUGAGCUGCGUCGGUUCCUGUGGGGUAUCCAACAAAAUGAACGACACGGCCUGGACAGUGGAAGAGCAAUACUUCAAUACCACCCUCUCCCUGGCAGAUAAAGGCCUCCUGACAGCAGGGGAGCACACAUUCCCUUUCCAGUUCCUGCUUCCAGCUUCAGUACCCACAUCCUUUGAAGGCCCUUUUGGGAAGGUUUUGCACCAGGUCAAAGCUGUGAUUGAGAUGUCGCGGUUUUCCAAGGACCACAAGUGCAACAAGAUCUUCUAUGUCCUCUGCCCGCUGAACCUGAACGAUAUCCCGGAAAUUGAGCAGCCAAACACAACGUCAAUCACCAAGAAGUUCAGCUACAAGCUCGUGAAAACUGGGAACAUGGUCUUGACAGCCACCACGGACCUCAAGGGCUAUGUGGUAGGGCAGGUCAUCCAGUUGCGGACAGAUAUUGAGAACAAGUCGGGGCGGGACACCGGCACCAUUGUGGCUAGCCUCAUCCAGAAAGUUGCCUAUAAAUCCAAGCGGUGGAUCUACGACUUGAGGACCAUAGCUGAGGUGGAGGGCUCUGCUGUGAAGGCAUGGAAACACGCAGAGUGGAAAGAGCAGAUUCUCGUCCCUGCGCUGCCACAGUCCAUCCUGCAAGGUUGCAGCCUUAUCCAUAUUGACUACUACAUCCAGGUUUCCCUCAAGUCUCCCGAGGUUUCCGUCACCCUCCCGAUCUACAUCGGGAACAUUGCUGUGAACAGGAUCCCUCUCAGCCCGUCCCGGUCGGUCCCCCACAUCCCCUCGCCCGUGGUUCCAAGCGCGCCGCCCGUCGACGAGGAGGGCACUGGCGGCUACCAUCCCAUGGACAACGUCUCCAUCCCCACCAAGAGCCACUCGCAGCAGCAGCAGCCCUUCAGCUACGCGCCGGGCUUGAGCUUCCCGGAAACGAGGCCAGACUCGGAGCAGGGCAGCUCGCCCAGCCACCCCACGCUUUGCCUCUCGACUGGAGCGACGGUCCCUUACUACGCUGAAGGGACGGUGGUUCCGGUCCCCACCGCCAGCAACCUCAUCCUGCCUCCAGAGUACAGCACCUGGGGAUACCCGUAUGAGGCACCCCCUUCCUACGAACAAAGUUGCAGCAGCGCAACCUCCAGCCUGAGCAACGGCAACUAGACUUGGGUUCGGGUGUUGACGUCCGGCCUGCCGAGCUGGGGGAGAGGACAGGACAAAGCAUUGCCUGGAAAGGGGGCUCUUCCCCCAGACUCCCCGGCAACCAUUUUCCAGGCCAUGGAUGCCCUGCACACAGAUCUCUGUCUUUGUGCUGUACAGUCCAUCACCUUACUUGCUGCUUUAUUCUCUGAGCACCCAUGAUGCCUUAUCUUUCAAUGUGUGUGGAAGGAUGUGGGGUGCGCAUGAAUCAUGUUCUCUCUCUACGUGUGCGCGAUGGAGAAUGUACCUAUGUAUAUAUUUUGAGUGCCACCUCUUACCCACUGUGUGCUAACUGGAAAAAUGGGUCUGAACUUUUACUUUUCUUUUUAAAAAAUAUAUACAUAGGUGUAUAUGAGGACUAACAGUUUUUCUGCUGGGCACCCAGUGAUUCGAGGCCAGUGUGCCCUCUUGUAGCAGGUCGCCCUCUGGAGAGCAGUGCAAGUACUGUAGGAGAGCUGCUAUCAACAUUCCUUCUUAUGUAGGGUGACUGUGAGUUUUCCCUCCUGGGAAGUUUAAAAAAUGUGGGCAUAGCACAUCUGGUUUUGAAGCGACGUAGCACCCUUCUCUGCCAACAUUCACUCUUUGGCAGUCAUGCAUGCUGCCUAAACUCAGCGCAUGUAAGUGAAAAGAGUUCCUUCUCCGUCAAGGGGUGUAUGCUCCCCAAAGGUUUUGCAGUGAACAAGAAAAGACACAAGCCUUAUUACCUGCCACCACCUCGAAGGCCUUCUGUCCUUUUGAAUCCUGCAACAUGUCCAGACCGUCCUGGCUGGCCCAGAUCAGCUCCACACAACACCUUGUACUCUGAGUGCUUGUAGUAGCUACUCUUUGACUCCAAGUGCUUGUUGCAGCUACUGUUCUUCUCCCCCCCCCCCCCGGUCUUCACAACCCCUGUAAGCCACAGGCUGGAAAUGACGUGACAAUCACAGUUCUGUCCUAAUGCUACCUCUUGUCUUCACUUUCCCGAGUGGGUCUGGACGGUGGGAAAGAAGGGAGCUUUUCAAAGAAGAAAAGUACUGUUCUGAUUUGUAAAGCAAAGCUCCGGCUGUGUCUCUCCAGAGGUUUGUGGUGGUGAAGUACUUGAUCCGUUGGACAUGGGGACAUGGCAGGCUCCGAGUCUUGUGCUGUUCUCCAUGUUGAGUCCCCCUGCAGCUUUGUAUCUCCUGAUCAAUCAAGGUUGGAGGCUGGCUGGCUAUUCUUGUUUGGGGCUUCUUGCCCCCUCCUUCAAAUAGACUCCCCCCCCCCUCAGCACGGCACCUUCAGAAGUGGGCUAGCCUGUUGCCCAGCGGCUAGCCUUUGCUAUCUUGCUGCUAUGGAACUGCCAACGUCAAAGUCAUUUUAAAGGGUGGCUUUUGGCAUUGUGUGUGCAAGUGUGAUGUUGGGUGUAACGUUUUUCCCUGGAGUCUGAUCUACGAAGCGCCACCUCCUGCGUGCUGAAGCCACCCCCACCCUGUCCGUUCUGUCACUUCCUGAGCUCCUUAGAGUUGCUGGGGGGGCGGGGCAGAGGCCAAAUCCAGUAACAUGAACAUGAAACAUUCAUAUUCCUUGCACCAAGUAUUUUUUAUAGGACGAUUGAUCCUUCCCUUUUCCUUUUGUUUAUGUGUCUUUUUUGAUCAGCUUUGUUUUAAUGGUGAAACUUCAAAAACAUAAAUUUUAAUGUAUUUAAUAAAUUAUUCUGAGAACUUGUC